CAUGAUUAAUCACAACAUACAUAGUCUGUGUUAAAUCUAGAAUUUCACAAUUGUUUGCAUUUAAAAAACAAUAGGUUUAUAUCAUUUUCACACGUUCAUACUAUUCAUAGAUUUAUAUAUCCGUAAGUAAAAAUAUAUAGGUUCAGUGAGGUAAACAAAACUGUUAAAGAUGUUUCUUUAUUGAAAUAAUACAAAUUUAGUCUACUAUAUAAAACUGUUAAACAUGCAUGUUUAUUACAAGUGGAUGCUUUUAGGGAGUGUUUGCGAUUACUUGUGCUUUUUAGAAGUGAUUUUUUUAAGAGAUUAUUGGAAAAGUGAUUUGUAGUAAAAGUUGGUAGUGUUUGAGAAUGGAAGUGAUUUUAAUUAAAAUGUAAAAGUUGGAGUGUUUGAUAAAAAAAUGGGUUUUGAUGUGAUAUUUUAUUAAAUACAAAAAUGCCCUUGCUAUAUCGAUCUCUUCCGUUCAACCCACGUGAAGACCCAGCUGAGCCCGUCUUCUUCCAAGAACAAAAGAUAGUAGAAGGUUUCUCGAAAUUCUCUAUGAAUGAUGAUUAUCAUCUGGACACACAUCAGAUCGUUACCUUUUUCAAAUCCUCAAUUUCACAAAACGGGAACCAUUGAGCAAGCUUUAGAAAUAACUGUCUCCUCUGCUUUGUUUGAUGCCGGUUUGGAUGGAAGAUGGGGCAUGGCGGUGGGGUUCGUGGAAGAGAAGCAGUUGAUGGCAUGGGGUAGCAAGCUCCGACAGCAGUUGACGGUAUGGGACAGCUUGUCCGGCAGCAACAGAUGGAGGGACGAGGGGAGGGGUAGUUUGGGUUUGAUGGAUAUGUUUAACCUAAUAAAUGUCCCUAAAGUUUUGAUUAUUUACAACAAUACCAAGAAGUAGAUAAAAGCACCAACAUACAUGCUUUUAACUUUUGGCUUAAAAGUACUUUAAAUUAAGCUAAAAGUUGGAGUUGCAAACACCUUUUUUAGCUUAUUCCAUUAGAAAAGUUGAAAAGCACUUCUUAGAAGUGUUUGCAAACACACCCUUAAUAUAGCUAUGCUUUGAGGACCAGCCAAGUAGUUCUGUUUUUAAGAUUCUGGAUCAAGUAGAAUGUGUGACAUAGGUAUUGGAUAUCUCGUUUUCAAGAUAUAUGUGUCACUUAUGCAUUCAUAUUUACUCUUCUGACCAUAUUUGUCAAAUUUUGAGUAUCUAUCUAUGUUAAUAAAAACAAAUAAACAUCUUAAACAUCAACAGAACAAUACUACGGAAAGAUAGAUCCAGAAAUCUUUGAUUUUUUGGUUGUUUCUAAAUAAUACUCCAUAUCGGACAAACCUGAUAAGCUUUUUCACAUCUUAGCUUCUGCUUUUCAAAAAAAAAAACAUUUAUGUCAAACCGACAGAUUUUAGCACACAAAAAAAAAACAUGUUCCCCUAGCACGGUAAGUAUCAAAUAACUAACAGAGAGAUAAUGAAAAACCAUUUUUGAAAAAACCAAGGUCAUAUAUAGUUUAAAUUAAAAAAAUAUAUAGCCAAAAUACAGUUCGAAGUAUACCCAUAAUAGAUCGGUAAGGUCAGCAGGCGCUCAAAUACGCUGGCGCACAUCUACGCCCUCCACGAAGAACCAGUGACUCAGAUUCUUCGACAUUUAAAUGUUAAAGAACAUUGGGUUACCGAUUACUCUACUCUUUGGAAACGUGAACCAAGUUGGGAUGAGAGCAUCGGAGUCACCCUUAGCUCUCUGGUGUACGAAGUUAGGAAGGUAGAAGAUUGGUGGUGGGCGGAGUUUGGGCUUACGCUUAGAGGCGGAGAGCAUCGGAUUAAAUGAAGGUGAUGUACGGAUGAAGGGUAAUUGGGUUUUGGCCUGGUUUUUGAAGGGUGUAAUUUGAGUUUGCACCACAUAUUAAUGUCUAAAUUGGAUUUUGUAUCUCAUUUUAAAAAAUACUACACUUUUGCACCCAACCUCAUAUGAAAAGACAAAAGCGCCCCCCAUUAACAAUUUUUUGACGUUCAACAUAUUCUUGAUUGAAGACAUAUUCCUGGUUAAGUUGCAAAAACAAAGAUUUCUAGAAACGGGGUGCAAAUCCAAUUUAGACAAUAAUAUGAGGUGCAAACUCAAAUUACCAUAGAAGAUUGCAAAGAGCAGAGGGUUUUAAUAUAUUGCAUCUUUUUUUGUCAGUACUCCUCCAUCCCAAAAAGAUUGGCCAAAUUGAUUUUCGUUCUCUCUUUAGGCACCCCAAAAACUGCUUUGCGCGUCCAAUUUUGUGUAUGCGCGGACACUUGUACCCUUUUGACAUGCUAGAUUAUUUACAACACACACGUCAGAGAUUGUUUGGCGCACCC